CUCACGCCGUCAGACCUUUGCUACUACUGGGACACCAAAGCACCCAAUGCCGACCAACUAGCUUUCGCAGACAAAAUAUUCAUCCCAUCACGCCACUCGCCUAUAAAACUAUGGUCCGCCAGCAAGUUUCGCACAACGCCACUCUCUUCGAUCGAGCCGGAAGUCGCAUUCCUGGGCCGGUCGAAUGUCGGGAAGAGCUCUUUAUUGAAUGCGAUAAUGGGCCAAGAAAUUUGCUGGACGUCGUCGAAACCAGGUCGGACGAGGGAAAUGAAUGCGUUUGGAAUUGGAGGAACGAAAGGUGGCGAGUCGAAAGUUGUCUUGCUCGAUAUGCCGGGAUACGGCAAAGCCAGUCGAGCUGAAUGGGGCAUGGAAAUCAUGAAAUACCUCCAGGGCCGAAAACAACUCCGUCGCGCCUUCAUCCUCAUCGAUAGCGAACACGGCAUCAAACAAAAGGAUGCCGAUAUCCUCGGCCUAACGAAGAAACAGGCCAAGACCGGCGUUUCGGAUGUCGGUAUCCAGCGACUCCAGGGCAUGUUAAAGGACAUGAAACCCGUUAUUCAGCCUGACCCAUAUACCUCAGGAGGCCCGGGUGCAUUGGGUGAGAUUUUGACUUGUAGUGCGGACGUUUCUGUUGGUCCUGGUCAGGCACUAGGCGUUAACGCUAUACGCUGGUCUAUUUUAUCUGCAGCUGGUAUUGAUGGCAGUUUGGAAGGUGGACGUCUGGCUCAAUUGUGA